AUGGCUGGAGUUUUCGUCAAUACGAGAAUAUGCGUUCGGCGAGCCUUGACCUACACGUGCCGACAUAGGGGAGAUGUCCCCUGGUUAUUUUUCCACGUUCCUGGAAAUGGUAGAAUGGACAAUGAGCUAAGGAGGACAGCCCCCUGGGAGGAUGCGCAAUGGGUCAAUUGUGGCCUAAGUGCUGUGGGCUUGACUCGCCCUUCUUACUCUAAAGAUACAGAGAUAGUACGGGACUUUUCCGGUGGGCCCGAAUCUUGGCUUCGGGAUGGAGUACGCAGUAGUGAACUAUUUCCUGAAGACACCUACACAGUUUAUCGUAAAGAUCGAAGUUUUGGCAAGUUUGGAGGAGGAGUGAUUUUUGCUGUAAAUAAUAACGUGUGUCAUUCAGAACAACAUAGUGUAGUGUUUCCUAUAGAAAAAAUUGAUGUUUUAUGUGUUAAAGUUUUCAAAACCAAUAUCAAACCAAUCUUCUUUAUAACAGUUUAUAUUCCACCUAACGUGACAUUUAGUGAGUAUUCUGAUUUUUUUGACUAUAUUGAAACUUUCCAUGAAACUCAUGAGGUCGUUUUGAUUGGAGAUUUUAAUUUAACAGAUCUUGCGGCAUAUUAUGUUAAUAAUAGUCAAAUAACUCCUUUAAUUAAUAGAUUUGUUCAACUAUUAAACUAUACAGAUUCUGUACAAUGUAACAAAAUAAAAAAUAUACAUGGAAAGAUAUUAGAUUUGAUUGUAACACCGUCAGUUUUUAGUUGCGAAGUUACACCUGAAGUCAAUGCCUUAGUUCCUAUUGAUUAUCAUCAUCCUGCUUUAACUUGUUAUUUUCCGUAUGAAGUCAAAGAAGAUGAAUAUUUUGUUCCGAAUCAGAAACGUCUUAAUUUUAGAAAAUAUAACGUAAAUAAAUUUAACAAACUUUUAACCGAAAUGGACUGGAGUCAUUUAAAACAUUUUUCAGAUGUAGAUUCUGCUGUAGAUUCGUUUAGUUUGUCUCUCCAAGAAAUUAUAGAUAAAUGUGUUCCACUUAGUUCAACUAGAUCUCAAAAAUAUCCAGCAUGGUUUACAUCUGAAAUAAUCGCCAAAGUUAAACGUAAACAUCAUUAUCUGAGAAUGUAUAGACGAAGUAAAUAUUGUUUUUACCUCCAACGAGCUAAAGAUCUCAGGAGAACUAUUAAAUUAGAAAUACAACUAGAAUAUAAAAAAUUUAUUGAAAGAUCCCAAAAUUCUUUUAAGUCAGAUGCGAGACAAUUUUGGAACUUUGUUAAUGCCAAAAAUAAUAAAUCACGGAUACAUGGUCUGAUGAAAUACGGUAGUGAUAAGUUUACCACGAGUCAAGAUAUAGUAAACGCAUUUGCAAACUUCUUUAAGAGUGUUUAUAUUUCUGAUAGUAAUAGCUCUCCUUCUGUUACAUCUUAUUUUAAUUAUAAUCCAAGUUCUUACUUUAAUAUCGGUAAAAUUACCAGUAACGAUAUUAUAGAAGGUGCAAAGAAAUUAAAAAAUAAAUUUUCCUGCGGUCCUGAUAAUUUUCCUGUUUCGAUACUUAAAUGUCACGUCGAGUCAUUCAUAGAACCACUUGUUGUAAUUUUUAACCUCAUUCUUAAGACAACAGCAUGGAAAAAUACAAGCUGCGUGGAAAAAUACAAGAGUUUGUCCUAUUUUUAA